AUGUCUUCCAGCCGGUCUGUUUCAAGGGCAGGUUCGAACAGUCUACCUGGAAAGUCAGGUGAAGAUGAGGGAUGCUCUUCAACCUCAGAUGGCCUUCGUCGAUUACGUACAGGAAAGCGAGGUAGACCCCCCAUUGACCCUACGCAAAAAGGCCUAGUAGAGAGGCGCCGGAAGCAAGUCCGGAAAGCACAACGGACUUACAGGUCUCGAAAAGAGGAGGAAGAUGCUUUGCGCAUGAACUACGUACAGGUUCUUGAAAGUCGAAUCAGGCAUAUGAAACAGUCUUUCUUUGAAAUGCUAUCCCACGUCACCAAGGCGGAAAGUAGUCUGACACAGCCGGAUCUGACGCACGAGCUCCAGAGUAUUACCCGCGACUUUUUAUCUGCUUCUCAGAUUGUUGAGCCCUUCAACGAGUCACGACGCGAUGAUGGACACGUCCACCAUAACAACUCAAGCAGUGAUCCUAACCCGUCCGGGCCAGUCUAUUUUUCCAGUAUCUAUGCCUCUUGCGCGACAGAAUUUCCGCUACCAGCCGCUGUACCUAUUGAAACGCCAACGCCUAUUCUUACGCUUCCUUUAGGGCUGCCAUCUAAUUUAUGCGGAAUGGAAGUUCCACUGCCCAGGAAUUUCUCCCAGCGGCUCUAUUUCAGCUGCAUCAAGCGUGCUCACGGCUUACUCACCAACCCCUGUGCGGACGGGGCCGAGGUCGCCCGCGUUUUCCAGUACUCUUUCCAUUACUCUGACGCCAACACGAUGAUUUCGACCUUCGACAUCUUGCUACGGACUAAUGCCGAUUACCGGACGGCAUAUGUCUAUGGACUGGGUGGCGCGGGAACGCAUUAUAAAAACAGGCCGGCGGACUUCGGCAUUGUCCAGAAUGUCCCAGAGACACCGUCCAAGACUAAUGAUGAAACGUGGUUUGAUCCUCGGGAUAUCGAGGGCUGGCUUGAAGAGAAUGGACUUGUUAUUGGAGGAGCGCAGUCAUUCAUGUACUUGUCGGAAGUCAGUUCGUUCAAAUCAUGCAGGGACAUGACAUUAUGUCAAGGGGUUGAGCCCUCUCUGUCUUCACGGCGGCGGAGUGCCAAGAUCUUCAACGUGGACCGAUUUCUCAAUGAACUUCUCUCGAGGGGGGUAUGUCUAGGCUGUGCACUGGGAUUCCGUCGCUUGGACGUUGAAGCGGCAUUCAGCCUGGCGAUAUCAGAUGAUCCGACUUUCAACCGUGAACCAUAA